GAAGAGUGUAGACUUGUCAUGCAGCCUUUCCAUGUUGACCCCUGAGGUCUGGAAUUAUGCGGGACCUAGCAUGACAGAGUCUACUGUGAGGUCUCUGUCAUGCCUAUUUUACAUGGGAAACUCCCUGUCACCUUGGCCAAAAGUAGAAGAGCCUUCGGCACUCAUGCAACACAGAUUCUUGCGUGAUGCGGAUUUAGCAUGACAACUUGCAUCCUUCCAGCCCCAGACCUAUUUGCAAUGCAUAGGACCAGAUGGGCGGGCUGUUCAACGCCUUCGCCAGCGCCCUGGUCCUGUAUUACCGUGAAAAAUGCC